GUCGCGGCACAUGGUGAAACUUGGGUUCUUUCGCUCGAGAAACCUCACACGUCCGGCCGUCCUGCUGCAGCUGUCGCGGUCGUGUUGCUUCGUUUGUUGGAUUUUUUUUAACGUAUAAAUAAAACAUCUCUUGCUAGUCAYCGCAAUCUGUACAACACUGCCAAACAAAAUCUCAGACUGACAGACGUUGCUGUGUCCAUUGGCCCUUCAAACAUGUCGUUAUCCCAAUCGUCUGUGAUGAAAUUAUAUCAAUCGGUUAUCGAAGAUACAAUAAAUGGCUCUCGAGAAUUUUUCGCAGAAGAAGGUAUUGACGAUCAAAUUUUAAUGGAGUUGCGUCAAUCAUGGGAAUCUAAAGUAAUGGCCAGUAAAGCAAUUGAUGCACCUCCUCCACAAGAAGUUACUCAACUUCCUAAAACUGUUACUCCAACUGUUGUUAAACAAACUAAAAAUCAAUAUACUCCUACAAUAGUUAAUAACUCUGUUCAUCAAUUAAAAAUGGCCCAACAGCAAAAAAUACAACAGCAACAACAGCAGCAACCACUUCAGCCACAGUUGCAGCAUCAACUACCACAGCAGCAGCAUCAACUUCCACAGCAGCAGCAACUACCACAGCAGCAACAACUACCACAGCUGCAACAACUACCCCAGCAGCAACAACUACCACAUCAGCAGCAACAGAAGCAGCAGCUGAAGCAGCCACAACAACAACAGAAUACUAUAGUUUUACCUGCAGAUUAUGCAAACAAAUAUGUACCAAUUCAAAUAACCUUACCAGCUCAGACAGGUUCCCAAGAAACGGGUUCUAGAAUUCUUUCUAUUCAAGUUCCAAGUUCUGCCAUUCAAGGAAAUAUGCUACAGAGUAUACUUAGUGGUCCAGUAAUAACUAAUAGUAUGGCAAUGACUACUCCUCUAGCUACAUCUUUUUUACAACAACAUGUCAAUAGUGUUCUUGCUGCUCAAUCAAUUUCAAGUGUUCAAACUGUUGUUCAACCAGAAUUUUUAUCAGAUGUACGAACUACACAGCAACAACAACAGCAACAGCAGCAACUUCAACAAAAUAAUCAAGCAUUUAUUAGUGGAAAUGGAACUGGUGGUGUUAAAAGAACUAUUGCUCAGAUAGAUGGAGCUAAUGAUUCUUCAACCUCAGAUGAUGAUGAUGAUGAUGACGAUGAUAUAGAUGAUGAUAUUGGUGAUAAUGAUGACGAUGAUGAUGAAGACGAUGAAAAAGAUCAGAAUAGUGCUUCUGAUGCUGAGCCAUUAAAUUCUGGUGAUGAUGUAAGUGAUAUUGACAAUGGUGAAUUAUUUGAAACGGAAAAUGUUAUUGUUUGCCAAUAUGAUAAGAUUACUCGUAGCAGGAAUAAAUGGAAACUCUAUUUUAAAGAUGGUAUAAUGAGUUUAAAUGGUUAUGACUAUGUCUUCCAAAAAGCAACUGGUGAUGCUGAGUGGUAACAGGUGAUAUAUUUUGUGUUAUAGUUUCAAAUGAUGUUAAGUAUUCUGUGUGAAUCAAUUUUAUGUAUUAAAUUCAUUGUUUUCAAAACUUUUUUAAUGUAUAAAAAGACAAGAUAUUUAAGUAAAUUCCCAAAUAAUUCAAUGUUGAUUUAUGUGCAUACAAUACUAUGUUAUAUUUAUUUUUGAACAUGUGGAGGUAUUAUCUAUUAACAAACAAUAAAGCUUCCUAUCAAUUUAGUUUGGAUAAAAUAUGUAAUAUUUUUCUAUUUUAAAUUAAGUCAUUUAUUAGUAUUGUGUAU